AUGGAGCAAGUGCUGCUCGGCAAUAACACCGUUGGGUUCACGCCCCUCCCAGGCCUCCUCCCCAUUCCGCUGUCGUCCAGCCUCACAUGCAAAUCCAGCUCAAGCUUCAGCUCUAGUCCCAGCUCCUCGCAUCGCCAAUCAUUCUGCGUGUCGCCCGAAGGCUGGGGACCCCUGAGUGGCAAUGCUUUCUACCUGACACCAUGCUUCGUCGACGGUGCAAUUGGCAUCGUAUCGAUAUAUGGCAUUAUCUGCGGCCUCGGCGCCGUCACCUACCUCCUAAGGUGUGGCAUUGUCGGUAAAGCCCUGGUUGGAAAGUGGCAUUUUGCUGCAAAAUUGGUCACUGUUGCCGCAGUCUUCGGACUGACGGUCGCUCAAACGAUCAACGUGGCUCUUAGAGAGCCAGAGCAUUUCCUUCAGGAUGUGUCAUUUUGGUCACUCGUCGCAGUAUCGACAUCCCUGCUCGUCAUCCUCAGGGCGCAUUGGCUCGAAAACUUCUGCUCUUUGUGCGAAAACGCCGUUGUUUUGACAUACUGGCUUUUGUUUGUGCUCGUGUAUACCUUAAAAGCUGUCACGCUUGCUCUGGAUCCAGCAGUUGGCCCUCGCUCGUCAGAGUUCAUCUUCCAUUGCACAGCAUGGGCGCUUGGAGCAGUGGAGCUGUUUCUUGAGUUUGUUGUGGCUGAGCUACUGCUGAAACCGCGCUUUGAAGGUGAGAGUGGCAGGAGCCCUUUGGAAUUUGCAAACAUCUUCUCAGCUUUAAUGUUUACAUGGCUGUCGCCAUUCAUGACUUUUGGAUACUGCAACAUCAUCACAGUCAAGAACUUGCUUGCUCUCCACCCAGACGACACCUCGAACACGUGCUACCACAGACUUGAGGCCGCUUGGGUUCGGGAGGAGAAGAAUGGUAAAAAGCCAUCGAUUUGGAUCACUUUAGCCAGGUCGUACGGUGCCGAACUCGCCAUUUGUGGCAUCACAGAGUUUCUCAACAACAUAUUUUGGAUUUUUCAGCCGCUCGCUCUCCAACAUCUCAUCCAAUGGGUGGCUUCCAGAACCACGGGAGAUCCGCAGCCGUAUACCCAAGGCGCGUUUUGGGCUUUCGCAAUGUUUUUAGCGUCGUUCCUGAAGACAGUGGCUUUUCAAAAGAACAUGUCUCAAACGGUCACUGUCGCAACCCAUGUUGAGACAGCACUCAAGGUAAAGCUUUAUCUCAAGUCGAUCAAACUGUCUGGUCAAGCUCGCAGCACGAAGUCGACCGGCGAUAUCAUCAACGUCAUGAGUGUUGAUGUGGCAAAGGUAUCUGACAUGGUCUCAGAUGCCCAUUCGGUCUGGUCUCUGGCUUUGCAAAUAAUUUUGGCACUAGUUCUACUAUACCGUUUGCUUGGAUGGGCCAUGUUGGCCGGUGUUGCGCUUAUGAUUGUGCUAAGCCCUGUCCAGGGGCUCGUUGUCGUUUUCUACGAGCGAUUCCAGGUCAGAUACAUGAAAGCCAAGGACAACCGGAUGAGACUCAUGGGUGGAAUUAUUGAUAAUAUGAAAGCCAUCAAAUUGUAUGCUUGGGACUCCGUUUAUCAGGAAAAGUUGCGCUGUGUGCGCCACGACGAAGAACUGAAGGCAAUGCAAACUCAAUCAAUCCUGGCCGGCUCAUUCAACAUUCUCUACUCUAUGCCGCCCUAUCUGAUCGCCGCUCUCAGCUUUGGUAUCUACGUACUCAUCCAGUCGAAACCGCUCACAACCGACAUCGUGUUCGCUUCGCUUGCUGUCUUCAACAUGCUCAGAUCCCCUUUAUAUCGACUUCCAAAUCUAGUCUCAACCAUGACGGAAGGUGCCGUGUCAUUACACAGAUGCGUGGAAAUUUUCACAGCAGAAGAGCUCCAACCUGAUGCUGUCACCAUUGAAGCGAAACCUGCAUCCCUGUCAGGUGGACUGAUUAUAGUCAAGGAUGCCGCCUUCACACCUGGAAGCUCUGAAAGCAAAGAGCUCAUCAGCAUUCCGGACUUCUUAUGUCACCAAAACGAGUUUUGCUGUAUCAUCGGCUCAGUCGGGUCUGGCAAAUCCUCGUUCCUCAGCGGCAUUCUGGGACAGCUCCACAAAACAAAAGGAACUGUGAAGCUAAGCGGGACUGUCGCCUAUGUCCCCCAGACUUCAUGGAUCAUGAAUGGUUCGAUCAAGGAGAACAUCUUGUUUGGCUCUGCAUGGAAUUCUGUGUUAUACGAACAAACUCUUAACGCGUGCGCAUUGCGUCCAGACCUGAAGACACUACCCGAAGGCGAUGCGACCGAAGUUGGCGAACGCGGAGUUUCCCUCAGUGGGGGCCAGAAGGCCCGAAUAAGCCUGGCAAGAGCUGUGUAUUCUCAAGCUGACAUCUACAUCAUAGACGAUUGUCUGGCUGCUGUGGACGAGCAUGUUGGCAAGCACUUGAUUCAACAGGUGUUAGGUCCACACGGCAUUCUUCGCAAUCAAGCACGUAUCCUUGCAACAAACUCGACCCGUGUGCUUAGGAGUGCUGAUGCUAUCUACUACCUUCAGGAAGGACAAAUAGCCGAGCAAGGCACUUAUCAAAAACUGAUGUCCACCGAGAGCGAAACUUUCAAACUGGUCAACACGCACCUGAAGCAGCAAGAGUCCGAGCGAACAAGCAGUGGAACUGAAACUUCGCUCAUCACAAUUGAAGCUGAACGAUCUUCUCCCGCAACACCGUUGUCUGUGGACAAGAAGCACGACCUGGAUGUCGCUGAUAUCAAAGAGGGACUCGCAGAGGUACAAGCUGCGCAGGCCACCACUCCGGCCGCCGUGCCAGAAUUCAUCACAGAUGAAGUCCUCGACGAUGCAACGGAAGUCACGCCUCUGCUUGCUGACAACGGACAAAAGGAGACUGCUCCAGAAACGAACGUAGAAGACGGUUCCGGCCAGCUCGCCAAGGGGAAAUUAGAGACGUCAGAGAAAGGAAAGGUAAAGAUGGCUGUCUACAAGGCUUAUACAUCAGCUUGUGGUCAUUUCCAGCUCGCGGCGUGGGUGUGUUUCAUGAUUCUAUCCCAGGCAGGAGAUCUAAGCAGUGGCUUGUGGAUACGAGGCUGGACUGACAAGAAUGCCAAGUACGGUGGCAAUUACCAGCCAGGCCAGUUCAUUGCCAUUUACACAGCACUCGGGCUCGUGUCUGCUCUGUCCGGAGCUGCCACAUCGAUUGUUGUCAAUGCUUUCUGCCGAAUCAGUGCCUCCAAGAAACUGCACGACAACAUGGCAGCAGCCAUGUUCCGAGCACCUUUGAGCUUUUUUGAGACGACCCCAGCUGGACAGAUUCUCAACAGGUUUGGCAGCGACAUGUCAAGGAUUGAUGGCGAGAUGAUUGGGACAUUUACGCAAGCACUGAGCUGCCUGACGUCUAUUAUGUUCACGCUUGCAGUAGUGUGCUGGACAUCGCCCUUUUUCCUAAUCUUCGUUGGACCGCUGGCCUACAUCUGCGUCGUUCUUCAACAAUACUACGUGCGAACAUCUCGCGAGCUCUCUCGUAUGGACAGUUCCACUAAAUCCCCCAUCUACUCCCACUUCCAAGAAUCUCUAGAUGGCGUAAACACCAUCCUCGCCUAUCGUAAACAAGACAUUUUUGAAAGGGAAACCAAGACUCGUAUCGAUAAUAACCUCCAGGCAUAUUUCCUCUUUUUCUACUCCAACCGAUGGAUCACACUUCGCGUCGAAUUUCUCGGCAGCGUCAUCGUCGGAGGCGUCGCUGCCUUCGCCGUUGCUGCCAUGGCUACAGGCCACCCAGUCGACCCUGGCGCUGUCGGGCUUGCGCUCUCCUAUGCACUUGAGAUCACCACCGCUCUCAUGUACACAGUCAAAACCUCUUCUCAGAUUGAAAACAGCCUCGUCGCUGUCGAACGCAUCCUUGAAUACACAGCGAUCCCCCCCGAGGCGCCUCUAGAAAGCAGUCCCUCUACUGCUCCACUGCCCUCUUGGCCCACGGCUGGCGCUAUCGAAUUCCAGCACUACUCGACGCGAUACCGUCCCGGUCUUCCGUUUGUCCUGGAAGACCUCAAUCUGUCCAUCCCAGCAGGUGCUCGCGUCGGUAUCGUCGGCCGUACCGGCGCAGGAAAAUCAACUCUCGCUCUUGCGCUCUUCCGCAUCAUCGAGCCUGCCGAGGGCGCCAUCGCCAUUGACAACGUCGACACGACCUGUAUUGGCCUGAACGACCUUCGUCCCAGACUGAGCAUCAUCCUUCAGGACCCGGCCAUCUUCGCAGGUACUGUGCGAGAUAACCUCGAUCCAGCCUCUGUGCAUACAGAUGAAGAGCUGUGGUCUGCUCUUGCGCAAGCACAGCUGAAAGCCCAUGUCGAAAGCAUGGAAGGCGGGAUCCACGCCACGCUGCACGAACGCGGCUCAAAUCUCAGUCAGGGCCAACGUCAACUCAUCAGUCUGGCGCGCGCUUUACUUACUUCUGCCCGUGUGCUGGUGCUGGAUGAAGCCACUUCGGCUGUCGACCAUCGUACUGAUGCUAUUGUGCAGGAAACGCUGCGUGGGAAAAAAUUUCAGAACAAGACGAUCUUGACGGUUGCGCAUAGAAUUAACACGAUUGUGGAUGCUGAUUACAUCGUCGUGCUGGAACAGGGCCGAGCACUGGAAUUUGACACACCACAGGCGUUGGUGGAGAAGGGUGGCUUGUUUAGAGAUUUGGUUGUUGAGGCCGGACUCUUGGGACGUUUUACAGCAGGCUGA